AUGAAACGAAGAGAUGUCAAACCACCCGAUUCAGCAAAAGGACUGAUUUCAAGAGGAACCUCUGCAAAGGCAGGCACUUUAAUGAGACCUCAAAGUGAGUCAGUGAAGAAAACGUCAGAGUUUGGAGUUGUUAGGAAUGUUCCAUUUACAAAGGGUUUAAAUACUGGUAUGAUGAAUAAUCACUUUACAUCACAAACCGAAUCACAAAAGGAUUUAUUGGAAAAAUUUAAAAGUGAUAGUAGGGGUAUUGCUAGUAAAUUAACUCAACUCACAAAGAAAGUAUCUACCAAAAAACAACAAAUCAAAAAGGUUGCUCAUAACACCGAGUGGGGAAACGAAUGGAAAAAGCUCAGAAAAAUUCAAAGAGAGUUGGAAAGUGAAAUAGUGGACGAAAUGAAGGCCGAGAGAGAAGAGUAUUAUUACGAAAUAAUGAACCAAGUUGAAGAGGGACAGAAUAAUCCUCUGAAAUCAAUUAGAGAAAGUAUUCAUCGGCUUAUUCUGGAUAAAAUUGAGAGGACAACGUGUGAGAUAUAUAAUUUAGAGAACGAAAUCAAUACCUUGUUUAAAAAUUAUGAGAGCUUAAAUCCCAACUCUAUUGAUAUGGAAAUUGAUAAUAAUACAUUCUCAGCGGAUGAGUUUGUCAAUAAUAUUUUGAGAUCAUUCAACUAUUCCAUAGACACGACUUUAACCUUAAUUCUUGAGGAGUUCAAGAAGAAGAUCAAUCAAAUAAUUGAGCUAUACAAACAAGGGAAAGUUGUUCUUACUCCACAUAAUUGGGCAAGCGAGGAUCAUGAAAGAUAUAAACAUGUUUAUAGACAAUAUCAAAAUGGAGAGCAUUUUGGAAAGAAUCUAGUAUCAUAUUGGGAGCUACUGAAAAAUACUCUUCCAACGAAAUCGGAAACAGAUAUCAAAGAUCAUGAUAUGUGGUACAAGAAAGUUCACAAAAUUGAGAUCCACAAGAUUAAGGAAAACAAGGAAAGACUUUUGAAAGAUUUGGAAAAGAUAGAGAGCAUCAGUAAAGAGACAAUCUCUUUUUAUAUCGAAUCAGAGGAGAAUAAGAAGAAAGAGGAAUUGGAAAGGAAACGGUUUAAUGUUAUUGCAGAAGAAGCUCGCAGAAUGUUAGAGGAACAAUUGAUUUUGAAGGAAGAAAAAACCAAGGUAGACAAUGAGAGAAAGGCCAAGGAGGAAGAAAUCCGAAAGCAAGAGGAAGAUGAAAGAGAUUUGAGGGAAAGAGAGAGAAGAGAAAAGCUUAAAGAACAAUUAGAGAAAUAUUUCAAAGAGAAGGAAGAAAUCAAUCAAAUUCAAGAGGAGGAAAGAAAGAAAGAACAAGAAAGAUUGAAAGAAGAACAAGUCCUAACCCAAAAACUCAAUAAGGAAAGAGUAGACUUUAGAAAAAACAAAGAGUUUGAAAAGUUGGAAAAGAAAAAAGAAGAACAAAAAAAGAGAGAAGAGGAAGCUCUUAAAAGGGAGGCUCAACUCAAUAAGCUCAUAGAAAGUGUUUAUGAGGAGAUGAAUUUAUUGGAAAUAGAUAUUGAUACAAAACGUCUAAAUCAACCAACUCAAUCACUAUUAAACAAGCAAAAGGAGGAAGAAGAGCAAGUUGAAAAGCUCAAACUUUAUGGAUAUACUGCAGAUCAAUUAAUGAAGGACAGAAAGUUCAAAUUGCAACUCCUACUACAGGAAGCUGGAUUACUCAAUACUGAUUAUGCAAGAGAAAUAUUCAGUACAUUGAAACCAUCUCGAUUGACAAGAGUAGAUAAUCUGACAACUGACCAAAAGACUCGCAUCAACUAA